AUGGCUUCUGCAUUUGCAUGCCAAGAUUUGAUUCUAAUGACAUUGCAGCUUAUUCUAGUUUUCAUUCUCUUCUUUGGUGAGAGCUCAUUCAUGGGGUUAGCAGAAUCAGUCACCACCAAAAGUAGAAGGAUUGUAACAGUAGGAAACGAGACAGAUCGACUUGCUUUGCAGGAGUUCAAGAAACAAAUUUAUGAUCCGUACGGAGCACUAAGUUCUUGGAAUGAUUCCAUCCAUUUCUGCAACUGGAUGGGGAUCACAUGUGGCCAUCGUCAUCAACAACGGGUCAUCAAGUUGGAUUUACAAGGGAAGGGCUUGGGAGGAAACAUAUCUCCUUUCAUUGGGAAUCUCACUUUUCUGCGAUUCCUUAGCAUUGCAAACAAUAGCUUCCAUGGCAAUAUCCCCCAAGAGAUAGGUAAUCUGAUUCAACUACAAUACAUUGGAUUUCAAAACAACACUCUUGAUGGAGAGCUUCCUAUCAGCUUGGCCAAUUGCACUCGUCUAAUACAAAUUUGGUUCUCUUAUAACAAUCUUGUCGGGAAGAUUCCGGUUGAAUUGUUUAAGUCUAUGUCAAAGCUGGAGAUAAUUGCUCUUUAUUUCAAUAGCUUAGCAGGAGAACUACCAGCUUCUUUUGGAAACAUUUCAUCCAUAAGAGUUAUUUCUUUGAGUGAAAAUAAACUGCAUGGGAGCAUUCCAGAAUCCUUUGGUCAACUCAAAUCCUUAUUCUUUCUAUCACUUGAUCAAAACAAGCUAUCUGGUAUGAUCCCUCUCUCACUGUACAAUCUCUCAUCUCUUGAAGUUAUCUCUCUUACACAAAACAAAUUGUAUGGGAGCCUCCCACGAGACAUAGGCCUCACUCUUCCAAAUCUCCUUGAUCUAGCGAUUGGAGACAACCUUUUCUUUGGGAGCAUUCCGAAUUCCAUCUCCAAUAUUUCAACACUUGAAGCACUUGAUCUUGGUGGAAACAAUUUUAUUGGACCAAUCCCUAACAAUUUAGGAAAUCUUCAAAAUCUUCAAGAGUUCCUUAUUUUCGAUAAUCAAUUCGGAGUAGGGGAAUCCGAUGAUUUAGAUUUUGUAAAUUCUUUGCUCAAUUGUACACAUCUAGAGGUAUUGGAGCUAAGAAGUAAUGGUUUCAAGGCUCACAUUCCCAACUUCAAAGCCAAUCUCUCAACACAACUCUCACAUCUUCAUUUGGGAGGAAAUCAAAUAUAUGGAACCAUUCCUGUUGGGAUUGAGAAUCUCGUCAACUUGACUGAUUUGGGCAUAGAGUAUAACUUUCUUGAAGGUAAUAUUCCAUUUAGUAUAGGGAAGCUUACGAAGCUUCAAAGAUUAUUUUUGGGUGCAAAUAGACUUUCAGGACAGAUACCUUCCUCUAUAGGCAAUCUCACUCUUUUGUAUGGACUCCAUUUAGAACAAAACUACCUCAAUGCAAGCAUUCCUUCCAGCAUUAGAUAUUGUCAGCAGUUACAACACCUAACUCUUUAUAAUAAUAACCUCCAAGGCCCAAUACCUAAACAACUCUUUCUUAUUUCCACCUUAACAAUAUCCUUGGACUUAUCUUAUAAUUUUCUGGUUGGUACUCUACCAACUGAAAUCAGCAACCUUAAGAGUCUUUCUGUAUUAAAUAUCUCUCAUAACAAGUUGUCUGGAGAAAUUCCCUCAACCAUUGGUGAUUGUAAUAGUUUGGAGCAUCUUUCUAUGGAGAGUAAUUUCUUUGAAGGAACUAUUCCUCAAUCUUUGACUCUUUUGAAGGGGCUUCAAGAUUUAGAUCUCUCACAAAAUAAUUUAUCAGGGCAAAUCCCAAAAGAUCUACAAAAUCUUUUAGCAUUGCAGAGUUUGAAUUUAUCCUUCAAUAAUCUUGAGGGGGAGGUACCAACAGAAGGAAUUUUUGGAAAUGCAAGUGCAAUUUUGGUGAAUGGAAAUGAUAAGCUUUGUGGGGGAAUUGCAAAGUUACAUCUGCCUGCAUGCACAAACUAUGGAUCUACUAAACGAGAAAAGUCCAAUGCUCUUAGAACAAUUUUGGCGAUCAUUGGUGGGAUUCUUGGUUCUGGUAGUUUUGGCUCUGUAUACAAAGGGAUUAUUGGCCAGGAUGAAACAAUUGUUGCAGUCAAGGUACUCAACCUUCAAAAUCCAAGAGUUUACAAGAGCUUCAUGGCUGAAUGUGAAGCAUUAAGAAAUAUUCGGCAUCGAAAUCUUGUCAAGAUUAUAACAUCUUGUUCAAGUCUUGAUUCAAAAGGCAAAGAUUUCAAAGCCCUUGUUUUUGAGUUCAUGCCCAAUGGGAGUCUAGAUGAUUGGUUGCAUCUACCAAUGGAGGCACAUAAUCAUUCAAGGAAUUUAAGCCUUCUUCAAAGAAUAAACAUCGCAAUCGAUGUGGCUUCUGCAUUAGAUUACCUUCAUUGCCACUGUUAUGCAACAAUUGUUCAUUGUGACUUGAAGCCAAGCAAUAUUCUAAUUGACAGUGACAUGACUGCACAUGUCGGUGAUUUUGGUUUGGCGAGGCUACUUUUAGUACCUGACGAGAAUUCACCCCAGGCUCAAACUAGUACCAUUGGGAUAAAAGGAUCUAUUGGCUAUGUUGCUCCAGAAUAUGGCAUGGGUGGAAAAGCAACUAUACAAGGAGAUGUGUUUAGCUAUGGGAUCCUAUUAUUGGAGAUGUUCAUAGGAAAAAGGCCAACAGAUCAGAUGUUUACUGAUGACUUAAAUCUUCAUAACUUUGCAAGGGCAGCUUUACCUAUACACAUGAUGCAAAUUUUAGAUCCAACACUCCUACCCACGGAAGAACAAAGUGAAGCAAUUGAAGAAGUUGCUAUCAAUAUAACUGAAGGUUCUAGUCAUAGGACAGAUAAAUUGCAAGAUUGCAUAGCAUCAAUAAUUGAAAUUGCACUUCAAUGUUCUGAGGAAUCGCCAAAAGAACGAAUGAAAAUGGACGAUGUUGAUGUCCCCUUUGCUGAUGGCAAUGCUGAAGGUGGAUAUGUGUUUUAG